GCCCGCUUCGUCCGGCAUCCGGCCCCUAGAUGCCUUCUGGGAAGCCCGCCAGCAGGAUCCGACCACAGCUGCGCUCUCCCCGCUGGCGAUCCAGGGAACUUAGUUGCUACGCCGGGCACCAUCCUCUCCGCUCCCCGCCCCUUCCCGCUUUCCUUUCUGCCCAGAUUUCACUUUUAAGUUUCAUUUCCCCAGAUUUUGUCCCGGGGAAGAGGCGGGGCGAGGGAUGAUGCUAAAUUGCCGGCCCGGAGAUCCAGAGGAGACUGGCUCGGAGUCGCUUCGGUGGACGCAACAGCCAGAGAUCCGGCAGCGGGACAGAUCGCCACCCAAGAUCUCCGCUCCGUAAAGGAAUCAAUAAAGGAAAGUCCCAGAUAACUAAAUGUUGAAGUCCUCUUCCUGGCGUGAUUCUCCAUCUGACCGGCGCGCUCGGAAAAUUAAGAACAGAUGCUCUUCAGAUGAGGAGAUGAAUAACCCAUGGAAUCCACAACAAAAUGGGACUAUAGGCACCAUCCCAUCACUGUUGCCAGAAGAAGCUAAAUCUAUACAAUAUUUUGCUACACAAAAUGUAUUUGCUCCAUUAAAAAUGGAAGGCUUUGUGUUCAGUCCCAUAAAACACGAGGAUGUGGAUCAACUGGGAAAACAAAACCAACCUAAUAAAAAACCAGAAAACACCUUAUUCAACCAAUACGAAGAGAAGAUCCGCCCAUGUAUUGACCUUAUUGAUACUCUGAGAGCCCUCGGAGUGGAGAAGGACUUGGCAUUGCCAGCAAUUGCAGUGAUUGGCGAUCAGAGCUCAGGGAAAAGCUCAGUUCUGGAAGCUCUUUCUGGAGUCGCUCUUCCACGGGGCAGUGGCAUUGUCACCAGAUGUCCCUUAGAACUCAGGCUAAAAAAGCUGCAGCCUGGUGAAAAAUGGAAUGGGAAAAUCAGCUACCUGGGAAAAUAUAUGGAACUUGCAAAUCCUUCAAUGGUAGAAAUAGAAAUAAGAAAAGCUCAGAACAUAAUAGCUGGUGAUGGAGUGGGCAUUAGUGAUAAACUAAUUACCCUUGAAAUUAGAUCUCCUGAAGUUCCAGACUUGACUCUGAUUGAUCUGCCAGGGAUUGCAAGAGUGGCUGUGGGUAAUCAGCCAGUAAAUAUUGGAGAUCAGAUCAAAAAGCUGAUUAAAACAUUUAUUGAUAAACAAGAGACAAUAAAUUUAGUGGUGGUUCCAAGUAAUGUUGAUAUUGCCACAACAGAGGCACUGAAAAUGGCCCAGGAGGUGGAUCCAAAUGGAGAGAGAACGCUUGGGAUCGUGACAAAGCCUGACCUGAUGGACAGAGGAACUGAGGGGACAGUUGUGAACAUAGUGAGAAACCAAGUCAUUCCCUUGAAAAAGGGAUAUAUGAUUGUGAAAUGCCGUGGGCAGCAAGAUAUCCAGUCCAACAUGACCUUGGCCUCUGCACUCAAGGAAGAGAGAGCAUUUUUCGAGAAACAUAAAUGCUUUAGUAUCCUUCUACAGGAAAAAAAAGCCACAGUCCCCUUACUAGCCGAGAAACUGACAAGCGAGCUUGUGGAACACAUUUCCAAAUCUUUGCCCACUUUAGAAGAGCAAAUAAGAUUUCAACUCCAAAAGGCAGAUACUGAAAUGCAGAGAUACGGCAAAGCCGUGCCAAAAACCGAUGGUGAGAAACAAUAUUUUUUAGCAGAGAAAAUUGAGCACUUUAUUGCAGAUGUUGGAAGCACAGUACAAGGAGAAGAAAGUGUGUCUGAAAAUGAAGCCAGACUGUUUACCAAAGUUCGUAAAGAAUUUCAGAAAUGGGGCGAAGGAGUUGCUAGUAGUGGCUUAAAAAUUCAAGAAUCCCUACUCCCUGAGAAGUGGAAAUUUGAAAAUCAGUAUCGUGGCAGAGAGCUUCCUGGAUUUCUCAAUUACAAGACGUUUGAGAUGAUUAUAAGGAAAUAUAUCAACAAUCUAGAAAUGCCAGCUGUUGUUAUUCUAACUAGAGUUACAGAAAUAGUCCGUCAAGGUUUUGUGGCGAUUGCUAAAAGCCAUUUUGAAGGAUUUCAUAAUCUUCAUUCGGAAGCCAAAAAUAGAAUUGAAAGUAUUAUAGAGAAACAAGCAAAGGAAGCUGAAACUAUAGUCAAGAUCCAGUUUGCAAUGGAGAAGACCUUAUUCUGUCAGGACAAUCACUACCAGUCAUGCUUAAGAGCUGUAAAGGAAGCUGCAAGAGGGGGGAAAACCACAGCGAUAGCUGAAGAAGGCACUGCAAUCGCUGAAACAGCUUUUCAUUUGGAGGCAUACUUCAAGACUGUAAUCAAACGUCUCUCCUCCCAAAUUCCCCUCAUUAUCCAGUACUUCAUCCUCAAUAAAUAUGAAUACAGGCUGAAGAAUGAAAUGAUGCUGCUCCUGAGUCAAAGGGAGAAUUUGAGCCUUCUGAUCCAGGAGCGCACAGAUGCUGCUGAACAGAGGCAGUUCUUGUCUGACCGCAUUGAUCGUCUGGUUCAAGCUCGGGACCACUUAGCAAAAUUACUUGGCUAAAAACGUGUACUUCUGCUGCUGCUUCCGGAAGACUAGUGCGCUAGACAGCUUUUUGGUAGAUUAUAUCUCUGUUACUAAAAGAUGUGGUUCAUCACUUGCAGUUCGUGAAUCUGGAAGACCUUUGCUUACUCGCAAACAACCCUUAGUGCCGUGCUGUGUCUUAUGCAUUAAACUUCUCAAGGACAAACUGCCUCACAGCCUCACAGCCACUUUGACUUAGAUUCCAUCAGUUUGAAUUGUUCAGGAUAAUGGAAGGGGGGAGCAAUAUAUGCAGUAUUUUUAAUUUUUUUUAAAGGAGUGUGGGUACUCAUAAAUUGAUAAAAGUGGCAGCACAAAAUGGUUGUAAUGGGCAGCAAAAAACAGUGCUAUGUGGCUGAGUACUGUCACCCAAAAAGUGUUUAUGCUUUUAAGCUCCAUCAGAGGCAGAUUUAGAUUAGCUCAACCAGUUCCCCGUGCAGGGACCAAGGGGGUGCCUUCCCAAAGCCAGUAAGCGCUGGGGAGGCGGCGUGAGGCUGACAGGGUUGUGGAGUCCUCCUGCCUCCUUCCCAGAAGCCUUUGGGAAGGGGGGCAGGCAAGUCACAUUUUGAGCUAUUAUUUUUACAAGAUUGCCAUGCUCUUCAUGCAAAGAAUAGCAACCACUUAUCACAUAUCUGCUCUUGUGUGUUGAUGGGUGCAUUAAUUUCUGAAUAGGGGAUAUUAUGCAGUUUUAUUGAAAUCUGUUGUGGCCAAAGCACUUGGAAUGGGAUGCAGCCUUGAAGCUGCUUGUUCAUCUGCUAAUUGUGUCCUUUUUUGCUUUUUUACUGUUUUUGUCCUUC